GUGAAGGAAGGACGGACUCUCCGCCCACCGCGCAGCCACGCACGCACCACAACUUUAAAACUUCUCCGCUCAUCAGAAGUAUCGAUCAGUGCCAGGUAUUCAGCGCUUGAGGCCGUGCUGUUGCAGAAACUACGCAGAUAUAAAUCAUGGCUGGCUGGGCGGAGAGGUCUCUCCUCCUGGGCUUCUCUCACGCGCAGCUCCUGUUCGCCGCGCUCUGUCUGGUCGUGCUCGCGUACAAAGUGGCCGUUUUCCUGGCCAGGAAGAAAGAGACGGCCAGACGAGUGAAGGACUUCUCAGGACCCCCGAAGCACUGGCUGUUCGGCAACGUUCGCGAGUUCAAGCAAAAUGGGGAAGAUCUGCAGAAGAUGGUGAUGUGGGGGAAGGAGCACCCUUACGCUUUCAGACUGUGGUUUGGUCCUUCUGUCUGUGUCAUCAACAUUCACCAUCCGGAUUAUGCCAAAACUGUCAUGGCGUCUACAGAGCCGAAAGAUGAUUUGGGAUAUCGGUUUUUGGUGCCCUGGAUCGGUAAUGGCCUGUUGGUGUCAGCAGGCCAGAAGUGGUUUCGCCACCGCAGACUUUUGACUCCAGGUUUCCAUUAUGAUGUCUUGAAACCGUACGCAAAGUUGAUGUCAGAGUCUGUGGAACAAAUGCUGGAUAACUGGGAGAAAUAUGCAAAAACCAAGGAGGUCUUCGAAUUGUUUGAACACGUGAGCCUCAUGACACUGGACAGCAUCAUGAAGUGCGCCUUCAGCUGCAACAGCAACUGCCAGAAGGAGGGUGGGACCAAUGCUUACAUCAAAGCAGUUUAUGAUCUCAGUCAGCUGGCUAAUUUGCGGUUCAGGAUGUUUCCGUACCACAGCGACCUGGUUUUCUACCUGAGCCCUCAUGGCUACAGGUUCAGAAAAGCAUGCAAGGUGGCUCACGGUCACACACAGGAAGUUCUGAGACAGAGGAGAGAAGUACUGAAGGAGGAGACUGAGCUGACCCGCGUACAGGCCAAGAGAUACCUGGACUUUCUGGACAUCCUUCUUUUUGCAAGAGACGAGAAGCAGCAGGGUCUCUCAGAUGAAGACAUCCGAGCGGAGGUGGACACGUUCAUGUUUGAGGGCCAUGACACCACGGCCAGCGGCAUCUCCUUCAUCCUCUACAGCCUGGCCUGCCACCCCGAGCACCAGAAGCUCUGCAGGGAGGAGGUCAACGAAGUCCUGCACGGCAAGAAGUCCAUGGAGUGGGAGGAUCUCAAUAAAAUCCCAUACACCACAAUGUGCAUAAAAGAAUCCCUUCGCCUCUACCCUCCAGUGCCUGGAAUGGCCAGAAAAACCACUAAACCCAUGACCUUUGUUGAUGGGCGUUCUCUACCAGCAGGUGUCAGCGUUGGAAUAAGCGUGUUUGGUCUUCACAGAAAUGCAACAGUCUGGGAAAACCCUGAUGUGUUUGAUCCGCUGCGCUUCCUGCCAGAGAACGUCUCCAAGCGAUCGCCUCAUGCCUUUGUGCCGUUCUCAGCCGGACCCAGAAACUGCAUUGGGCAGAACUUCGCCAUGAACGAGAUGAAGAUCGCGGUGGCCCAGACACUCGGGCGAUACCAGCUCAUCGAGGAUCCAGCGUAUAAGCCCGAGUUGGUUCCCAGGUUGAUUCUCCGCUCGCUCAAUGGCAUCCACAUCAGGAUCAAGCCCGUGGACCCGGAGGAGUAACAGGAAGCCACUGCAGCAUAAUACAGCUAAUUCCAUGCAGCAUCACAUUUAACAUUGCACUAAUCCACCAAACCGCAUGAGGAAGUGUUUAGUGAACUGGACACGGUUUAUCAGGAAUAACUAUCUAGUUGUGCUGCUCUUAUUCUAUAUUACAUCAACAGAAGAUAAAGGUACUUUCCAUAUAUGGUAUCACGGUCAGUAAUUAACUGAAUUAUACGGUUUUUGCAUUUAGCUGCUAAGAUUUUUAAGUGCAAUGAAAUCAUUUUGGCAUUUUUUUGUCUUAACAAGUAGUUUGAGACGUGUUUCUCACAAAAUGAAAGGGAAGUGUAGGUUUGUGCUGUUUCUGCUGAGCGUAACCUGAGAUAAUACAACUUUAAGAACAAACAUAUCAUUACAUUGUGCUGCUGAUCGCUAUACUCUCUGUCACUGUCUGCUUUACAUGAGCUUUGUAACAUAGGUGAUUGUUAAUCUUUUUAUUUUUGCACAUGAAGCACUAUGUUUGUUUAUGUUUGUGUGUAUAUAUGUGUGUGUGUGUGUGUACACCUGUGCUAACACUGGACUGUAAUGACAAUGAUUGUACCA